GACCGGAGCGUGGAAGGAGCAUGUGUGAUGUAGGUACAUACACUGAGUACUUGCCCGCCUGCCUGCCCGUACCUGGCAGGCUUACCUUGCUUCUUCAUCCGCUGCUGCUUGUGCUUCUUCUUCUUUUGUCUCUUACCCGACAGAGAUCGCUCGCUCGAUCGGUCUGUCGGCCUGUCGGGCGUCCAUGCUGAGAAAGAGAGAGCGAACUCGCGAACUCGCGAACUCGCAAUGCGUACUCUAUGCGCAAGCGGCCAUCGCGCGGAUAGAUACUUGCAGCUACAUGUCUGCAUACCUGAUUCUGUGCCCUUCCAUCGCACCGCGCCGGAUCGAUCAAUCAUCAGACCAGACAAGAGCGUCGCAUCUCCAGCCGGGCGGCCACUAAACCGCGUGUGUACGUCCCUUCCAUCGAUGCUUCCGUUGCUUGCGUUGCGGCGGUUCGAGAAGGAGCUAGAGGCUAGAGCGACGGGUCGGUCGAGAUGGAUAGACGCCCCGCUACCAGACGUGCAGUGGUUGUGGCCCUGGCGGGGGGGCGGGGGACACUCGGAGUGGAGCGAGAGCAGCCAGAUGGGACUGGGAGUUGCUACUACUCUACGCUGGCAGCCUGGCAGCCUGGCAGCCUGGCGGGUGCUCCUUGUGCUGUACUGUACUGUACUGUCCAAUGCACCUGGCACUUGUUUACUGACUGACUUGCUUGCCUACCUGUUUGCCUACCUUGCUUGCUUUACUUACUUCUUACUUACCUUGCCGUGCGUAUGCUGCGUGUGGACGGCAAGUACUAUCUCGCUGCGCAGUCGGUUCUGACUCCAUGUAAUGUGGGUGCGUAAGUACCAUGGUAAACUGGCUAGCUGCGUACGACGAAGACGGCCGAUGGGACAGCCGCAAAGAGUCCUGCCAGAGACCAAAAGAGACGAGAGACGAGAGACG